AUGCCACCGGCGCCGAAGCUGCCAGGAAUCGAGCGAGGGCACCUGUGUUGCUUUUUUGCGGUUGUGGACGACCUGCUGAUAAGCAUAUGUCGCACACACAAAGUAAUACAGAGCGAGAGUUCUACAACUGCAGUAACCGUGGAAAGCAAUGGUGUUGGCCGCGUAGGCCAACGCCAGCAAUUACCCCGCCACCCCCCGCAGGAGAUAUUGAUUAAAUUAAGCCCCCCAACCCACAACCCGCGAUCCCCAUUAAAUCGCCGCCCCUCCCCGGUCGCCCUCGCCUCCGCUGCUUCCACCGCCUUCGCCUCCACCGCGGAAGUCCCCGUCGCCUCCGCCUCCAUCGCCGAAGCCCCCGUCGCCGUCGCCCCCGCCUCCACCGCCGAAGUCCCCGCCCCCGUCGUCGUCGCCUCCGCAUCCACCCCGGCCACCGCCUCCGUCCCUGCCGCCGUCGCCUCCGCAUCCACCCCUGCCACAGCCCCCGGCCCCGUCGCCCGCAAUGCCUCCUCGCUGUCUACCGCCGCCACGGGUGAGUUCUACUUAGUGUAG